AUGCUGACUGACAAACUCUCUCUCUCUCUCCCUUGCUGUCUCUCCCCGCCUCGCUUACCACCAUUUCUGCGUCUUCCUCGAACAGUUUCUGCAGAUUCCGCCUCUGUCCUCACGGCGGCGACGCUUGAAACAACCCACCGCCGAUCAUUCUACACCAUGUUUGUAAGCUUUCGGAUCUGAAUCGGCCUCUAAAUCUGAAACUGCCUUGUCUUUCUGCAUUCUGAGAGAGAGAGAGAGAACAAUGGCUGCCAUGAUCUUCCAUGUUUUCUCGUCGUCGGCGCUGCUCUCGCUUGGCCUCUACCACAUCGUCUCCGUUACCCUCAAUUUCCUCAAAUCCCCGCAGGCCUACGCCGCCAGGCCCUACCAUCCCUUCCCGCCUUCCUCCGCGCAUCAGCUACUUCUCCCCCAUCACCAGCAACACCAUCUCUACGGUCUCCGCUACCUGCAACUCUAUCUCGCAAUCCCAUGCCUCGUUCUUGCUUUCGUCCAUCAGGUCAUCGUCGCCGCCGACCCUGAUCCUCUCCUCAAGGGCAACACCCCCGUCCACCAUUUCAUUUCCCUUCAAUUCGCCGCCGUCAUCUUCCUCUUCCUCAUCCUUACCCUCGCCCUUCUCCUCGCCGACUCCACCUCUCUUCUUCCCCUCCCUUCCGAUCUCUUCUUUGCCCUAGCUUCCGCCCUAUUCUUCUUGCAAUUCUCCGUCUCUUACUCAGCUGCCUCUGUUCAGACCUCUGAUCUUCAAGCCAAAUGCGAUUCCGUCUCCGGGCUGCUGGCGUGCGGCGUGGUGGGUCUUACGAAGCUUUACCGGCGGCUGCUGUUGGUGGGGAAAACAGUCAUAUACAGAUGAAAGCAUUGACGGGUACCCAGGCUUAAUCUCUUUAUUUGGUUUGGUUGCCUUUAUCCCUUCGUCUUUGUUCUUCAACUCUUGUUUUGGUUCUUGCAAUCAAAGAUUUUGUGCAUUUUGUUUCUUAUCUGCCUCUCAGUUUCAAUGGAGUUUUCUUUGUAUAAUCUCACCCCCUCCUCCCCUGCCGGAACCCUUUACGAGUUAGGUACUUUAGAGUAGCUAGGUGGGAUAUCUUGACCUGACUGGUUACAGUGCUGCAAUUCCUCCUUGAAGUAAUGUACCCAAUAUGCUGCUUCAUACUUGAUUGAAUCUAAGUGCAAUUUUGCAUCCGCA